AUGGCGACCAUCAAUGUCACAGUACAGAUGAGCGGCGGGAUGGAACUCCUCUUUUCCAACCAAUCAACCCACAAGCUCCUCCUUCCACGCUUCUACGACCCCUCCACCACGCUUUCCGGUCCAACGCCGCCUUCUUCCAAGCCUGAACCGAGAGAAGAGGGGCACGGGUCGAAGGAGACGGAUGUCAGGUUCUUGGUUUGGUGGUUGAGGUGGUUUUGUUUGGAGGAUAGGGAGAGACCUGAGUUGUUUAGUCAGGGAGAGACUGUUCGACCCGGUAUCCUGGUGUUGAUCAACUCGACAGACUGGGAACUCGAAGGCGAGUUGGACUACGUCCUCGAAGACAAGGACGAGAUCGUCUUCAUCUCGACCCUUCACGGCGGAUGA